CACUGAUGAAUAAGUGGAUUUUUCAGGUAUGCGUUGUAUACUGAAAAAUGGCUUUGUAACAUUAAUGGAACUUUCAGUCAAAACAUUCGUUUCAUAAUAAAUUGAUCUAAAUUUCUUAUGUAAACAAUAAUGCAUUGUUUUUUGUAAUUAUCAGGUCAUCACCAAAUGAAAAUUAUGAUCACCUUGACUUUCAUUUAAAUUUAAUUGUUUUAUUGCUUUCGGUAUUAGGCUUUUAUUUAGUUUGAAGUUUAUUUCAUGCCAAUUAAAGGAAUAAAAUAUUCAAAAGACAGAAUGACUUUUAACCAAGAAUAAUCAUAAUUAUUAAUUAGGUGCUCAAUGACAACAGUUAAUCAACAGUUUUUCUAGCAGGUUGGCGCCAAAGCAUUGUUGCUCAGCGAAGUGGUUGAGGGUUCAAAACGGUUAGCUGUUUGUUUAUGAUCGGUGUGUUAUAUUUUCUGUUCCCGUCAUGAGAAAUUCUUUCAAACGCUAUGUAGUUAUUUGAUUGUCCGUGUCAUUUUUGCUCGGUGGCUCUUACUGCUGGAACGUUGUAGAAGUGUGUUUUUACAAUUCUUCUGUGAAUAAUUGCUGGAACAUGGUAUUUAAAACUCUUACCAGUUUUCCUAAGGGCCAGAAAUGUCAGCUCUGCUUAACAGCAAAAGUUGACCCAGAAGCUUUAGGAAAUAUAUGCCAAACUGCUGAUGUGAUAGUUCAUUAUUUUUGUUUGCUUUUGGCUUCAAAAAUCCAACAAAAGGGGACUGAUAAGCAAGGACUCUUGGGUUUUUUUUCUAGAGAUAUUAAAAAAGAGAUCAAGAGAGGUUCUACGAUUGUCUGCAAUUAUUGUAAAAAAAAUGGAGCUACUGUCAUGUGUAGCAGAGAAAACUGCCAUUUGAAUUUCCAUGUUCCUUGUGCUCAACAGAAGGGAUCUCUUCAUCAAUUUUUUAAUCAGUUUAAAUCCUUUUGUGAGAAACAUAAGCCCAACCAGAAAAUCCCAGCCUCUCUUAAGAAAAGAAGAGAUUUGGAGUGUGUUCUUUGUUGUUCUCACAUAAAAUUUAAUGUUAGAUCUCAUGAAGAUGACCCGAUUUGGCCUACUUGUUGCAAGCCACAAGCACUUCUCCAUAAAAGAUGUUUACAACAUUUUGCUACAAGUUCGGGAUAUUACUUCAAAUGUCCAUUCUGUAGCAACAAAGAAGAAUUCCAUAAAGGGAUGAAGACUUUUGGAAUAUUUAUUCCAGAACAAGAAGCUUCAUGGGAAACAGAACCAAACGCAUUUAGAGAACUUUUAGAAAGAGAUGUUAGCUGUGAUUCAGUUAGGUGUAGAUGCCCUCGUGGUCGAGUUUAUUCUGUUCGAAACAGCAAAUGGUAUUUGGAAGUGUGUAUACUCUGUGGAGCAAGUGGACGACAUAGGGGUUGCAUGUCAGAGAGUAUUAUGACUGAGACAUAUGAAUGUGAUGUUUGUGCCGAAGUCAAUAAAAAGUUUCCCAAUUCACUACCCUCUGAAGAUAUACCUGAAUCUUCUCCAUUGAGUGACAAAGGGGAAUGUAACGAAACAGUGCAGCAAUCUGUAGAAGAAAAUAUUUCUAAGAACCUAUCUUUGGAAUGUGAAGAAAUCGUUAUUAUAUCGGAUUCAGAAAGUGAAAGUAAUGAAGUGGAGGUUAUUGAUGAGAUUCCUCCUCCUACAGUUACUAAAAAUGUUAGAAAAAGACAGCUACCUGUACUACCGGAGAAACGGCCUGGGCUAAAGCGUCAAAGGUUGGCUGAGGGUGGUGCUGAAACUUCUUCUGGGAUGUGCCUCACCGUCAAUGAAGAAAGUGGCUCUCUGUUGUCACAGGCUACGGAUAAUCCUUCUUUUAGAACAGAUGAGUUAGAAAAUAAUCCACAAAAAUGUGAAAUCAAUGUUCGAAACAGAGAAUCUAUAAAUAAGCUAAAAGACCCUGGUUUGGAAGAUCCCUCUUUAAUAUUAAUGAUUGAAAAGGUUUGCACUCUUUCUGCCUGUGAUCAGACUGAAAUUGAUCAACUCAAUACUGACUGCUUUAGUACAAACGAGAUACUGAUAGCGAAUCGAUUGCUUCAAGCUUGUUAGAUAGCGAUAGUAGUCUUCUUGAUUUAAGUGAGAUCCCUGAAUCAGAAAAGUCGCUACUUCUCGAAAAUGUUUCCCCAACAAUCAAUUAUGCUAAAGAAUUUCCCAGAAGAAAUCAAGUUCAUAAAAAAAGGAGGAAGAAGAAAAAACAGGUAACUC